AUGAAUCUCCCCGUUUUGACACUGCAAAUGCGGCGUGUUUUCUUUGUCUUGUUGGUAACUGGCUUGGUGGUAGUGGUACUUUCUGGUUUAUUGAUCAGUGUGAUCAAACAUGUUGAGCAUAAUGUUUAUGUACUUGCUUUUUCGGAGAGUGGGUUAAUCAACCUUGUUCACAAGGAUUGCAGUAUGGCAAUCGUCCUCCUGAUUUUGAUGAUUGUCAUUAUGGCUGUCUUCCUCUUUAGUUAUUUUUUCCUAAUGCUGGCUGCUGCCAAACGGGAGAUUCAACUUUGUACCAAACUCAUAAAACAAGAUGAGGCAAUUCGACAAGCUGAGACAAAGAGUAUGAAAAAAUCUGAUGCAAUUACAAGUGCAAGCCAUGAUGUUCGUAAUGCUCUUGCUUGCAUGACUGAAUUGAUCAAGAUAUCCUGCAAUGAAGUUUCCCAGGGCUCCGAAAUAAAGAAAUAUCUAACACAAAUGGAUGCAUGUACUAAACACCUCUUAGGUAUUUUGAACUCUAUUCUUGAUAAAAGCAAAAUUGAAGCGGGUAAGAUGGUCCUUGAAGAUGAGGAAUUUGACAUAUUCCAACUUGUUGAAGAGGUAAUCGAUUUCUUUCUUCCAUCGGGUUUAAAGAAGGGCAUAGAUGUGGUGUUGGAUCCUUAUGAUUGCUCUCUCCUAAAGUUUGCACACGUGAGCGGUGAUAGGAGAAGGCUUAAGCAAAUAUUAUGCAACUUAUUAGGGAAUGCUGUCAAAUUUACUUCAGAGGGACAAGUCACAGUUCGUGCUUGGGUUCAGAAACCUAGUUUCAUGAAUUCAAUCACUGCGCAUGCUGAUUCUGAUCAGAAUAAUGGUUUCUUGAAGCAUUUGUUGUGUUUUUUGAACAAGACCAAAGAACAGUCAGAUGGCAUAAAAGCAGUGAUUGGUGUUCAACAUGAUCCAAAUUAUUUGGAAUUUGUUUUUGAGGUGAAUGAUUCAGGGAGGGGAAUUCCCAAGGAGAAGCAAAAAGAAGUGUUUGAAAACUAUGUCCAAGUCAAAGAAAAAGCUCAUGGAGAAGGAGGUACUGGCUUAGGACUUGGUAUCGUUCAGUCUCUGGUACGCUUGAUGCACGGAGAAAUAGGAAUUGUGGACAAGGAGAUUGGUGAAAAAGGGACAUGCUUCAGGUUUAAUGUUCUCCUGAGAGCUAUUAAUCUGCGUGAGGAUCAUAUAAAAUUACAACAAGACCUUGAAUUGGGAGGUGACCCUAGUUGUGAUGACAGAGAUCAACAAUUGGGAUUAAUAGCAAAUGCAAACCCCAGGUUGACCAUAAUUCCUAGUCCAAAUCUCACACCAAUUGGCAGUCCUAGGUUGAAUGUAUUCCGCAGCACCCCUAGUAGUGCUAAGGUAGAGGAAUCCAUUGUUGUACUACUGAUUAAAAAUGAAGAGCGGCGGAGAAUAGUUUACCAGUUCAUGAAGAGCAGCCUUGGGAUAAAGGUAUCAGUGGUAGAACAAUGGGGACAACUAGCUCAUACUCUCAAGAAAGUAGAACACAUGAAGAUGAAGGGUCAUCCUAGUUCGUCUUCAGGAAUAUCUGAUUUGGGUCUGCAGGACUGCUUGAGCAAAUCUACCUCAUGCAACUCCGGUAAUAUAGCAAAGGAGGUGCACCCUUUAAUGAGUGCUAUGGAUGAAACGUACAAUAAUGUGUGCUCUCUAUUUAAGAAGACGACUACCAAUGUUAGUGGUGCACCCGCCUUUAUAUUGCUAGUGAUAGAUACGACAGCUGGACCAUAUCUGCAAUUAUGUAAGAUUAUAACUGAGUUCAAAAGAGGCCUUCAAAAUACUUGGUGCAGGACCGUUUGGUUAGAAAAUCCGCAGUCUCAUAGAUUAAUGGACUUGAGUAGCCUUGAUCCGGAUGAUGUCAUCAUAAAACGGGCACUUCAUGGUACUUGUCUUUUCGAAGUGGUAAGAUUUCUUCCAGAGUAUGGGGGUGCACUACCAAAUAGAUCAGCAGGGGACACAUUUCAGGUUGGAUCAAAAAAAGUCUCUCGAGCUCCUAGUUCAUCAAGAUAUCAGUUACAUACUGAUGAUGAAUCUGAUAUCUCAUCUUCACCAAUCCAAUGUCAUGAUCAGUCCCAUAAUGUUGGCUCUACAUCAAGAAACUCACCGGUUGGUCAUGAUCACCCACAUCCACAUAGAGAAACACAUGAACAUGGUAAUCCGAGCACAGCCUUGAGUGGGAAAAAAAUUUUGGUUGCCGAGGAUGAUGAGCUUUUGAGCUAUUUGGCUAUGAGAAUUCUGUUAAAGGAGGGAGCAACUGUGAAGCUUUGUAAAAAUGGAAGAGAAGCUCUAGAUGUAAUUCGCAUAGAUCUCGACAACCAAGGGAAACAUGAAUAUGAUUUUGUACUAAUGGACUGUCAGAUGCCAGAAAUGGAUGGAUUUGAAGCAACAAGGGAGAUAAGGAAAGUAGAGAAAACUCACCAUGUUCGCAUUCCGAUCAUUGCAUUAACAGCUCAUACACCAGGCGAGGAAACAAGACGGAUGUUGGAGGCCGGCAUGGAUGACUAUUUGAGCAAACCCUUGGAAAAGGAUCGUCUACUUGAAACAAUGGGUAGACUGGUAGGCAAGUAG